AGUUACUGCCAGUACUUGCUUUCAACCACUCACUACACUAACCACUAACUACGACUACUGACGAGCAUUUAGGAUUAUGAGCAUCGACUAAAUGUAAAUAAAUAACCCGCCUGGCAGUGAACGCGAGGCAGGGCACGUGUUGGACAGCAUAUCAACCUGGCCUGGCGCCACAAUGAAUCUCCCCACAUCUCAGAUACCCUUCUUCAUCGCCUGGUGCGCAUUUUUUAUCAAACACACAAAUCAUGUUUGCCUUGUCAUCUCAUGACGAGCCAUACCGCGCUUCUCUUAGAGACAAUCGCGGUAUUCCUACUCUCCUCUCCCCUUGGGAGUACCUUGACGACUAUGGAUGCGACGUCUGCUCUUCAUACAUGAAGCAUGUCGCUGAUGCAAGUUAUUCCUCACAUCAGCCAGCUUUCCAAAUCGCCUUCCAAGACAGGAAGCGCACGCGCGAAGACCUCUUUAACAAGGGCAUAUCAGAGGGCAUCCGCCGUCAAAAAGACGAAAACAGAGUCCUCGUCGACGAUAUAGAUCGUUAUCGCCUUGAGCGUAACCAAGCUCGUGAAGAGUUAUCCACUCUACGUGCUCAGUUAGACGCAACACGUGCAGAAUCAGAGCGUUUACAGGACAAGCUCAGACAACAAACUGCCCUCCCAGCCGAUGUCUCUAGUCCUAUCGAAUCCGUCUCCUUUCAUUCUUCUGUAAAGUCUCUUCAACUAGUCCCCCCUGCAGAUCCACCAUCUGAUCUUCGCCUCAACGAACCUCCCGUUGAUCACCAGCUCUCCCUCGACUUUUUGACUCCCCUGUAUCCUCAACAGUUGUCUCCUCCAAUGACAACCCCUGCUUCCCCUCAAGCGCAGCUGCCCGACUGCGUCGCAGCUCGCUCAUUUGCUGCCGUAUUGGCAACAGGUCAGCCAGAUGACGACUCAGCUUUCCAAGCUACAUCAUCAGAUGACGCCCCUCCAACACUCGGUUGGACAGUCGUAGCCCCAUCUACUCAUAAACCCACGAAGCCCGCCAAGAGCAUCAAACAAGUCCAAUCCCUCAUUAAAGCCGCACACCAGCCCGGCAACUACAGCGCCCUUACAAAAGUUAAAGCCCUCUGCUCAGAAGCACACAAAACACCCAGAGACCAAAAGACUGAAGUUCAACGUUACUUGUUAUCCAACUGGCGGACUCCUGAUUGGGAACACCCCUCAUCACUCCCAAAGCUACCUGCCCCCUUAAAUAACCCUCGUCUGGAGGAUCCCGUCGAGUGUUGGGUAUCAUACUACACCGCCAACCCCAGUUCCUGCCCGAAGGGCAUCCGCCGUGAACCCGACGGCCGUCCCACCCUCUCCGACAUGAGAGCUAGUCGAACCGUAGCUCGCCUUCGCCCCAUAGUCAACCCGAGCGAUCCCGAAUCCCGCGAAGCCCGUCAAAAAUACAUGACAGUCGUCACAGAGCUUUUCUCUGAGCGCGGCGAAUACUCUAGCAUUCUCCGGAGAGCUGCAUUCAGCGUCUCUCCCCACGUCUGCUAUGCGCCGUUUGUGGGCGUGGCAGAUGAGAUUGACAGGUUGUCUAUUGCACGUCAUUUUGCGGCUUGUGGGGUGACUAUUCCUGUUGCUGAGGAUGAGCUUGGGCCGUGGGCGAUGGAGUAUCUUCGCGAGUAGCGGGGAAAGGGAUCAUAUCUGAGUUGUUCCGCAUCGUCAUGAUCAUACUUUACACGUACCAGACAUCUGGUUAGGAAUCUGCAUACAUAUAUCCCAUCCUCGAAGUCGUACAAUUCACACUUAAUUGCGGACGUAUGUAUAGAAUGAUAUUCAGAUUGCGAGGAUCUUCCGAGUCGUACAUAGUGUAUUUCCGAUUAUUAGUCGCUUGUUUGUAGACUUGUACAGUGCUUUAUAUCUAAUCAACGUGACUUGUUUUCAA